UUUUCAUUCAAGAUUACAACAUUCCGUGAAAAAUAAAUAAAGCCAAGAAAAAAAAUGAUUCUUUGUCUUAAAUCCGUUCGUGAUGGUGAAUGUUUUUGUUCACGAUAUGAUGAAAAUCGUCAAACAAUGUUUUAUUGUGGAUUUUUUACAACCAUUGCCGGUUUCAUUUGGUUUAUCAUUGGUUUCACUAUACGAUGUGCAUUUUUUGCUGAAGCAUUUGGACCAUCAGUUGAUGCUGUUGCAUGUGGUAUUAUGGUUGUCGGUUUGAUGAUUCUGGUCAUCGGUUUAUUCUCAACAAUCAGUAUUGUCUGUACAUCAAAAACUAACAAUAAAACCAGUUGUGUAUCAUCAUCAUCGUCAAACAAUCCUCAUCAUCGUAAUCAUCACCAUCAUCAUGGAUACAACAGAACCCGGCAUGAACGACAACAAACAUUUGAUGAUACAACAGCCAUGGCUAUCGAUAUUCAUGGCCAAUCAACACCAACUCAUUAUAGUCCACGAACGGCAUCAUUUAGUAGCGGUUCAACAAAUGAAUUUAAUUCAUCAUCAUAUGAAACAUCAACAACAACGGCGGCCAUAUCACCAUCAACAUCGGUAUCAUCAGCAAGAAAUCCAAAUAGACAACAUUAUAACUAUAAAUCGGAUAUUGCAAUGAUUGCAUAAAUAAAACACAAACAAAAACAAACAAUCAAUCAUUUUACAGUAUUUAUUAAAUUUUUUAUUCAUUCACUGUUUUUAUUUCAUUUACUCUUCUCGCUAUGAGAUUUACAAAUGAAACAUCAAAACCAGAUUAUUGACUAACUACUCAUUGAUCAUUAACGAUAAAGUCAAGAAAUUGUAUCAAUCAUUAAAAUUGAUGAUAAAAUGAAAGAUUUAGAAUAGUAGAUAUUUUUAUUGAUUUGAGAUUUCGAUUACAAUGAUUAUAUCAUAGCAACAUUAAUUGUAUUUUUAUUUUUUUGUUUGUUGCAAAAGCCUGAAUAGAUUAGUCCACAAUAAUAUAAUGA